UAUACUGAUUCAGAAGUAAGAAACCAAACAUUCUAUAUGUAUAAAAAUCAUCUGAACAAACUUGGAAAUGGUUAUCUAUAAUGCUGUAGCUAGCUACUUCUACUUUAAUUCUGUUGAUAAACAACAAGAAAUUCUCCUUAUUGAGAUUAUUCUCUAUUUAACUAAUGGCUCCGAGGGUUCAAGAAGAAAUCGAUUCUGCAGAGAAAAGACUCAAUGAGCUUGGAUACAAGCAAGAACUCAGGAGAGAAAUGACCCUGUUUAAGACAAUUGCGAUUACAUUCUCAAGCAUGGCAGUUUUCACUGGAACACCUCUGUAUGGGCCAAGCUUACGUUAUGCAGGACCUGCACCUAUGAUAUGGGGAUGGGUAGUUGUCACAUUCUUUACCUGGUUUAUUGGAAUAGCCAUGGCUGAAAUUUGCUCCUCUUUCCCUACAACAGGUUCACUUUACUUUUGGGCUGCCCAUUUGGCUGGGCCCAAAUGGGGACCAUUUGCAUCUUGGUGCUGUGCCUGGCUCGAGACCAUCGGUGUCAUUUUUGGAAUCGGUGCUCAGGCAUAUUCAGCAUCACAGGCUCUACAAAUGAUCAUUCUCUUGUCAACAGGAACUAACAUCAGUGGAGGUUACUUUGCUUCAAGAAGUGUAUUCCUGUGCAUGUAUAUAGGUUUUACCCUUAUAUGGGCAGUUCUCAACACAUUUGCUUUACAAGUCAUUGCAAUUCUUGACAUAAUCUCCAUGUGGUGGCAGGUGAUUGGGGGUUUAAUGGUGAUAAUAAUGCUUCCGUUGGUAGCAAGACCAACACAACCAGCUUCAUAUGUGUUCAGUCAUUUUGAGACAGCACCUGAAGCAACUGGGAUUAGCAGUACACCUUAUGCAGUAAUUAUGUCUGUACUACUAAGCAACUACUGCUUGUAUGGCUAUGACACUGCAGCUCAUUUAACUGAGGAAACAAAAGGUGCUGAUAGAACUGGACCGAUUGCAAUUCUUUCUAGCAUUGGAAUCAUUUCUGCUUUUGGAUGGGGUUACAAUUUAGCUCUUACUUUCAGUAUCAAGGACCCUAACCAUUUAUAUGAUCCGAACAAUGAGACUGGUGGUGCACUUGUUCCUGCACAGAUAAUCUAUGAUGCAUUUCGUGGCAGGUAUCAUAAUGGAGCUGGAGCUGUUGUUUUUCUCUGCAUCAUUUGGGGUUCUUUCUUCUUCUGUGGACUCUCAGUAACUACUAGUGCUGGCAGAGUGGUUUAUGCUCUGUCAAGAGACAAUGGAAUCCCAUUUUCACACGUAUGGAGAAGAAUUCACCCAAAAUACAAGGUUCCAAGAAAUGCUGUUUGGCUGUGUGCUGCAAUAGCUAUAAUUCUUGGACUACCCAUCUUGAAGCUUGAUGUGGUUUUCACAGCCAUUAUAUCAAUAAGUACAAUUGGAUGGGUAGGAGGGUAUGCUGUACCAAUAUUUGCAAGGCUAAUGAUGGAUGAGAAGAACUUCAAACCAGGACCCUUUUACUUGGGUAGGGCAAGGAGACCAGUUUGCUUGAUAGCCUUUCUAUGGAUUUGUUAUACUUGUUCAGCUUUUCUAUUGCCAACCUCAUACCCCAUAAAAUGGAAAACCUUCAACUAUGCUCCAGUUGCUCUCGGGGUUUCUUUGAGUUUGAUUAUGCUCUGGUGGGUUUUGGACGCAAGGAAAUGGUUCAAGGGGCCUGUAAGAAAUAUUGACGUGCAGAAUGGAGAUGUCUAACGUUUUUUUUCUCUUUUUUGUAAAAUUAAUUGAUGUAUAUAUGGGAUACUAGCUAGUUUCCUAAUCGCAUCUUGCAAGAUAAAACUUGUUUAGAUCUGGUAUGUAGGUCUAUAUAUGGAUCAUACCAUUUGAAAAUCAAAAUUUUUCUCUUUUUGCUUUUCCUAAUUAAUGAAUAGUCAAAAAUAUUUUCAUUUCA